AUGCAGGAGAACCCGGAGGACACUGCUGCCCUAGUCCUUCGCUCUGCCCGUAGGGCUCAUUUCCAGGUUACCGCGUGCGUGCGUGCGUCUGGCCAGGCCCGGCGGGCAAGGCAGAGACAGGGACUCCGCGCCGGUGCCCGCCUUAGGCCGGGCGGGCCAAUAUCCGGGUGGAGCGGGGGGCGGCAGACGGAACGCGAGGGUGACAGGGCGUACCCACCCUGCGGCGCGGCGCCCGGCAGCGCCCCGGACCCCCGGGCCCGAGCCCCGAAAGAAGAGGAAGAGGAACCCCAGGAGGGCUCGCCGAACCGGCCACCCGCUCCGAACUUGCCGCGGAAACUAGUCCGGAGGGAGGGGCCGGGGCCGGGGCCAGGGCCGCGGCGGGAGGAGGGGCGGCCGCACUGCAUCCAGCCCCGUUGGCGUCUUUCCCAGCGCCUCUUCGCCGCCUCCUCUUCCUCCUGUAUGAGUCAGGCAUUUCCCCGGGAUUUGGAGCAGCCCAGCAGCCGCAGCAGCAGCCGCGCCACGUCGGCCGGCUCCUCGCCCUCCUGCUCCCUGGCCGGCCGGGGGGUCGCCGGCCGGUCGGCGGUGGCCGGGCUCGGCGGCGGGGGCAGCCGCAGCAGCCCGGGCUCGGUGGCCGCUAGUCCGUCCGGAGGAGGCGGCCGCCGGAGGGAGCCGGCGCUCGAGGGCGUGCUCAGCAAAUACACCAACCUCCUCCAGGGCUGGCAGAACAGGUACUUUGUGCUGGAUUUUGAGGCUGGCGUCCUGCAGUAUUUUGUGAAUGAGCAAAGCAAGCACCAGAAGCCUCGGGGAGCCCUGGCUCUCUCUGGAGCCAUAGUGUCCCUGAGCGACGAAGCCCCCCACAUGCUGGUGGUCUACUCCGCUAAUGGAGAGAUGUACAAACUGAGAGCUGCUGAUGCGAAAGAGAAGCAGUUUUGGGUGACUCAGCUUCGAGCCUGUGCCAAAUACCACAUGGAAACGAGUUCUAAGACGACUCCGAGUUCCCGAAGCCGCAGUCUCACUUUGCUCCCCCAUGGAACGCCCAACCCAGCGUCUCCCUGUAGCCAGAGACACCUCGGCGCGGGGGCCCCCGGUGUUGUCACAGUCACGCAUCACAAGUCGCCUGCAGCCGCCCGAAGAGCCAAGAGUCAGUAUCCCGGCCAGCUCCACGAAGUCAGAGAGAUGAUGAACCAGGUGGAAGGGCAGCAGAAGGAUCUCGUGCACGCCAUCGAGUCUCUGCCGGGGUCUGGCCCCCUCACGGCCCUGGACCAGGACCUGCUGCUCCUGAAAGCUACCUCCGCUGCGACCCUCAGCUGCCUCGGGGAGUGCCUCCACCUGCUGCAGCAGAGUGUGCACCAGGGGGGCCGGCCCGGCCCCCGGCCCGGGGCCUCAGAGAACGUCCUGGGAUGGCACGGGCCCGAGUCCCAUUCCGCGGAGCCACUGAAAAAUGGAACGCUUGGCCCUUUGCCCUCAGCCAGUGCCAACAUAACCUGGGCGGUCGCCCCGAGUGCCGCGGGAGCCCUGCGGAGCCCGCCGCCGGAGCCAGAGCCAAACUCAGGCCCUGAACUGGUUUCGUCCGAAGAUGAGAAAAGUGACACUGAAGAUAAAGAAGAGACAGAGUUGGGUGUCAUGGAGGAUCAGCGUAGUGUAAUUCUUCAUCUCAUUUCACAGCUCAAACUGGGAAUGGAUUUGACCAAGGUGGUGCUUCCCACGUUUAUCCUGGAGAAGCGCUCCUUGCUGGAGAUGUACGCAGACUUCAUGGCACACCCCGACCUGCUGCUGGCCAUCGCCGCCGGGGCCACGCCAGAGGAGAGAGUCAUUUGCUUUGUGGAGUAUUACCUCACAGCCUUCCACGAGGGCCGCAAGGGGGCCUUGGCCAAGAAGCCCUACAACCCCAUUAUCGGUGAGACGUUUCACUGCUCCUGGGAGGUCCCCAAGGACAGGGUCAAGCCAAAGAGGACUGCUUCCCACUCUCCUGCUAGCCACGAACCCCCGAUGGCCGAGGACCCUUCCCAGAGCUACAAACUCAGGUUCGUGGCUGAGCAGGUGUCCCACCACCCACCCAUCUCCUGCUUCUAUUGUGAGUGCAAGGAGAAGAGACUGUGCGUCAAUACUCAUGUAUGGACCAAAAGCAAGUUCAUGGGCAUGUCCGUGGGCGUCUCCAUGAUAGGGGAAGGUGUGCUGAGGCUCCUGGAACAUGGGGAGGAGUACGUGUUUACCCUGCCCAGUGCCUACGCUCGGUCUAUUCUCACCAUCCCGUGGGUGGAGCUGGGCGGAAAAGUCAGCAUCAGCUGUGCCAAGACCGGGUACUCAGCGACGGUGAUAUUCCACACGAAGCCUUUUUACGGAGGGAAAGUCCACAGGGUGACGGCAGAGGUGAAGCACAACCCCACCAACACCAUUGUUUGUAAAGCCCACGGGGAGUGGAACGGCACCCUGGAGUUCACUUACAGCAAUGGGGAAUCCCGAGUCAUCGACACGACCACACUGCCCGUGUACCCCAAGAGGAUUAGGCCCCUGGAGAAGCAGGGGCCCAUGGAGUCCAGGAACCUCUGGCAGGAGGUGACCAGAUGCCUGCGGCUGGGGGACAUUGACGCUGCCACUGAGCAGAAGCGGCGCCUGGAGGAGAAGCAGCGGGUGGAGGAACGGAAGCGGGAGACGCUGCGCACGCCGUGGCAGCCCAAGUAUUUUAUCCAGGAGGGCGAUGGCUGGGUGUACUUCAACCCUCUUUGGAAGGCACACUGAUGGUGUGGAGGUGCAGAGCUUUCAGAAAUAGCCGUGUUUUUUGUAGAAAUUAAAGUGGUACAGUAUCUGCUGGUAUUCACCCAGGCCUCUUGUUCUCAUUCGGGAAAUGGUACCUGCGAGAGACAUUACAUACUGUGACAAGUGCACCACCAAACUACUGUUGGAUUGAAUUUAUUCAAGAGCCGUCUGGGGCACGUGUGUGUGCAGUCUGUGUGAGCGCUCAGUACACUGCACGUUCACACACAUGCGCAUGCCUGCUGGGUAUUAUUACACAUGUAAAUACUGCACUUACCAAGAUUUAAGUGGGUAAUUAUGAGCUCCUUUUUAUCAAUGAGGUUUGAAGUUUUCUAUUUUUCACUUUGCCAAAAAUGUUUUGCACUCACAAAAAUACUCUGGAGUAGUCAACUCCCAUCGAAACAAAGGUGAGCUGGCAUGGUGUCCACGUGGUAGAAAGUGGCUCAUUUCUGGUAGAAGUAGGUGGUUUUCGCCUCACGAUUAUUGUGGUGAUUCCCACCUCCCUCCCCCCGUCAACAUUUCGUUUGUCCUUAUUUAAGAAAGAUAAACUGUUAUCCCCUGCGGAAUGGUGAGUGGGCAAGAAGAGGUUAAAGGCUUGUAUCAGAGCCUUCCAAGAUGGAGCGCCUUCGGGAGAACGGGCCUGCCUUGGCAUAUUUGUCCCAAACCUCUCUGACAACUGCUGAUGCUCAAAGUAUUAGUUCUACAUUUUUCAGAAGCUGCUUCUUUUACAAUAGAAAAUAAGUCAUAUGAAGACCUCACUACUUUUGUGAUGAAAAAGGGCUUUAGAAAUUAAAUACACGCAUGCAUAUCUAGAACUGUUACAACCACAGCCUCAAUUUUGUAUUUAGUUUGGGGAAAGAGAAAAGAAUGCCCUGUGGAUUUUUUAAGUGCACCUCUCUUGUUUGACCCAAACUCUGCAGCACAACCACUGUGACUAAAUAACAUGCACAGAAAGACUACGUAAGUGUUCCAUGAUUUCAGCUGAAUUUCAGUCCUCUGCCUUUACAAGUGAGGUCAAGACAUGACUUGACUAUACAGCAAGGAAAAUGAAGUAGGAUUUUUGCUCAGUGCUUAAUUUAUUUUUUACUGUGCCACUCAGAAUAUUUAUAAAAUCCAGUAGCAUGAAUGCUUCUCUGUAGUAAUACUAAUUUUGUGCCUUUUGUCUGCUUUCUUAAGACCAAUUGUUCACUUUGUAGAUAUUAGACAAAUAUAUUUCGAUUAAGUACUA